AUGUCUGCUCAGGACACUGUCACAAAUGUCCAAGCGAAACCCGCGGACAAACCCGAGAACACCCUCGAGGCCAAUGGCGAUGUCAAGGUUCCCAAGAUCAGUGUCGACGCUCCCACCUCACCAAGCGGCUCGAUACCGCCAGCGGGACAACUCUUGACGGGGAAACAAGAACAUUAUCUCAAGCGAGAACUCAUCUCCCGCCAGGUAUCGGACGAGAUCGCCGAAUUGAGCAGUCCGACUGCCCUGCAACGGUUCGGCGCUCCAUUUCGUUCGCAAUAUGGCGAAGUCUCGCCCAUGGACUCUGAGUUGCCCAUCCUGCGGUACAUCUUUGUCAACCAUGUCCGAAAUUUCCCCUUCCUCGACCAGGCGAAAGAGAAGGAAUUCUGGCAAGACAAAUUACAGACAUUCCUCGAAUCCUUCGCUAGUAAAUACAUCUCCUCCUCAGAAGACCGGCUGGAAGAGACCAAGAGAAAGAAACUGGCAAGAAAGUCGGAAAAAUUGGUAGAGCUGAUGAUGGUGUCUGGUGUUCCCACGGCUUCUGGUUAUGAAGAGAGAAUACGUUUUGCCGAGAUGGAAGUUGUGGAACGAGGCGCGAACGAGCAAGGCCUGGUUGUGAACAUCCCUGAAGGAAACUUCAUUAAUGACUGGGAUGUCAAUGUGGCCGGUGUGAGAAUCACCUCGGUCAAGCGAACCGUCCGCUACCAUCAGCACGCCGAGUUCCUGAUACGAGUUAAAAGACCCGAUCGGCCAGAAAUAUACGUCGGAAGACGGUAUGGUGAAUUUGUGAAGUUGCACAAGAGAUUACGGACUGAGAUGCCCGGGAAAAUCCUCCCUCCUCUCCCAAGGAAGAACAAGUCAUCCACAAUGGCAUCUGUCCUGCAGUCAGGGGAAGGCGACACCUCAUCGCUCUCUUCCGUAUCUACUGAAGCCAGCGUGGAAGACUCUGGGAGGAACCUUUUGACCGUUCAUCGACGUCUGAAGUCGUCCAGCUCUCUGAGUCCCAACGUUGGGGCAGGCUCACCCAAGUCCUCAGCAUCCCCGAGGACGAGUUUAUCACGAGAAAGAAGUCCCAGCCCUAACCCGCAAGCCGUUCGUCUACAUCGGGAGGACCAAAGGGUGUCAUUAAGAGCGUUCUUACGGACUCUCUUGCAAAAUCCAAAUAUCGCGCAGUCGAAAUCAAUGUCGGACUUCCUAACUCUUCGACCGAUUAGCCUCAAUGAGGAAGAAUUAGAAGACAUUGCACGACGAAAGGAGAUGGACGCAAGGCGACUGGAAGAGCAGAGGAAGUUCUACGACAUUGCCAGAAAACGAGCGGCAGAGCUGGACACCUACAUGGAGAAAUUCCGAAGGAAUAUUGUCGAGGCCAAUGGCUUGACCAAACUAUUUGCCGAGAUCCGAAGCAAAGAGAAGCUUGAAGACUUGAGUCCCGAGUAUCAGAAAUUUGCAGAAUGGCUCAGGAUAGAAGUGGCAGCCACCAUUUACCAUCUAUUCCUGGCAGAAGACAACUCCCCUGAGCUGUUUGCCCAGGCAAAACGGAUACAUUCUCUUGUGCCGUACACGGUAUUGAAGAACGUGAUUCGAAUCGCGAAUCCAGCAGCUGUUAUGUCUGGUGUGUUGGAUCUGUUUCUGGCACAACCCUUUGGCGCAAGAUCGCUACUUCAACGGAUAUUCGCCCAGACGCUGGCAGACGGAAUCCGGCAGUUCCAGAGAUCAAUCGAUGGCGUCGCUGGACAAGUGGCAGACCCAGUCUUAGUCAACAAAAUCAAGGCCUUCGUUGACAGUCCUGAAGAAACCAAGAACAUUGUCCGGCAAGAGGCGAACGCGGAACAAAUUGAUCUUGUCGUCGCCAUUCUCAGAUCAGAGCAGUUCGAACCCGAACUUACGGCGCCACAAAUUCAACGGGUCUACAACGCAUGGGUAGCAUGGAACAGCGCCGUGGAGAACGAAGACGAAGAACUCAAACAAGGUGCCGAAAUGUUCUCGCACCUCAAGCAACUUCUCAAACUAAUGACUCGGCAACGUGACAAGGCCAUGAUGGCAGCUAUGAUUGAGGAGCCCAAUACUCUGCAGCUGUUCCGUGAUUUGUUCACCAUAUUCUACGAACCGCUGAUUCGGGUUUAUAAAUCUGCCAAUGUUUACAGCUCUAUUACGGACUUUGCGCGUUUCGCCGACGACGCAAUCAAAACAGUCGAAAUCGCACAACGGCAAGACGUGUCCGCGGAUCCGAAUCAGACUGUCCAGUCAUUCAUCGACCUUUGUGCCAGACACGAACACAACUUGUAUAAAUUCAUCCACGAAGUCCAUACUCAUGAUAACGGCCUCUUUACUGCCUUGAUGGGCUGGAUCGAGGGCAUCCUUGAAUUUCUCCGCAAAGGCCCCAGGAGCGGCGGAAAAUUGGAUAUGAAUGCGAUUUUGCAAGGGGCGUUAGAUAUGGGGGCGGUGAACAGGGAGAUCAUCAUUACAGAGGUCGAUGCGUUGAUCAAGUGGCAGGAGGCGCGAAAGAAGUGGCAUAGUGAUAAGACGAGGCAGAAAAUGGCGGCUGAGGGAAUAGGGUCCGGCAACUCUUCAGAGGUAGCGACGGGGAUGCCGGGGGCGAACUUCCGUAGCAGUGAUUUCGGAUUGCAUGAGAGCGAUCUGGCGGAUCUUCGCAUUUCCGACGAUGAAGACGACCUCGACUCGGACGAAGAAGAUGCAGAAGACGAUCUCGAUCCUCUCUCGGCUGAACGGCGUCGCCGGAGAAAGGCCCAAGAUAGGCUGAGGAGAAGCGCCGGCGAGCCUGUGAAGCCAGAGGUCAGCGAGGUGCUAAGACUGCGAGAGCCGUUUGUAUCGAUGUUGAGAACCGUUUUGAGUGACUGA